UGGUGUUUGAGAGCUACUUCCGGUGCAGCUCAACCAAGACCGCGACAAAGCAGCAUGUUUGGAGCAGCAGUGUUGGGUGUGGGCACAGCGGGGCGGGUGAGGAUCAGAGACAUGUUGGCUCCGCUGCAAGGCAGUCCUGCUGAACGACUCACUCUCAAAGGCUUCGUCUCCAGGAGAAGACUGGAGAGCGAACAAGGAGUGUGUCAGCUGUCAGAAGAAGAAGUUGUGAAGAGAGACGACAUCCAUGUUGUCUUCAUCUGCACUGAGAAUGCCUCACACCAAGACUACGUCAGGAAGUUCCUGCAGGCAGGGAAGCACGUGUGUGUGGAAUACCCCAUUACCCUCACCUCCCACGCUGCUGCCCACCUCUGGGACUUGGCUGAGGACAAAGGUGUGGUUCUUCACGAGGAACACAUCGAGCUGAUGUCAGCAGACUUCCAAGCCCUGCAGAAAGAAGUCCAAGGAAAGAUCCUGCUGGAAGGAAGUCUUCAUUUUACAGGUGGCGCUCUGAAGGCCAGUUCUGGGUUCAUGGCCUUCAGUGGCAUCGCUCGCCUCACCUGGUUAGUUCAACUCUUUGGUCAGCUUUCUGUUGCCGCGGCAACCAUGGAGGAGGAGCCUGUGAGGAACUACAGCAAGAUGACGGCCACGCUCCACACUGUGGAUAACAAAGUCUUGACGUGGACCGAGGAACGAGGACCGGGCCUCCCGAGAGCCAAGAAGAUCCACUUUGACUUUGAAGGGGGCUCGCUGACACAGAUCCCCCCGUCGGCCAAAGGAGCAGCGGGUCUCUUCAUGCAGGACCUGGUCUACUUCUCCUCCAAGCUCACAGGCCAGGUGAGUCCAGGUGAAGUCCACGCAGAGAAGAGUCGCAUCUUGCACUGCUUGGUACUGGCAGAGAGAAUACAACACCUGUGCCAGGGAUCUUCUCCUGGUCCCACUCCACAUGGGGAACCUUCAAACUAGUCCUACUACACACCUCCUGGUCCCACUCCACAUGGGGAACCUUCAAACUAGUCCUACUACACACAUCAUAGUACAUCACAUGCAGUACACUAGAAGGAACCAUAUUUAUAUAUAUACACAUA